AUGGCUGAGGUUGACAAUAAUCUCGCCUGUGGUGAAACCAGCGAUUCAUGGAUCACUGAUGAAACCAACUGUGACGGCGGAUUCACGAACGAUGAACUUUUUAGUAAAGACGAUAACUUUAACGGAAAUGGAUCAAACCCGAUGAUGUGUUCUCCUCCGUCUUCAUCGCUGAGACAAGAAAGAAUCAGAGAGAUGAUGGAGCGAGAGGUUGAGUUCUUGCCAGGAGCUGAUUACCUCAAGAGGCUGCGUUCUGGGGACUGGGAGCUGCGUGUUAGGAACCAAGCUCUCGAUUGGAUUCUAAAGGUUUGUGCUCAUUACAAUUUUGGAACACUCUGCAUAUGUCUAUCCAUGAACUACUUGGAUCGGUUCUUAACAUCCUAUGAGCUGCCAAGAGACAAGACAUGGGCUGUUCAGUUGCUAGCUGUCUCUUGCUUAUCAUUAGCAGCUAAAAUGGAAGAAUCAGAUGUGCCUCAAACCGUUGAGUUACAGGUGGGAGAUCCCAAGUUUGUUUUUGAGGCCAAAACUGUUAAAAGGAUGGAACUUUUGGUACUCAACACUUUGAAUUGGAGAUUGCAAGCUCUAACUCCAUUCUCCUUCAUUGAUCAUUUCAUUCACAAGACCAACGGUCACGUGUCAGAGAAUUCCAUCUAUAGAUCCUCACAGUUCAUCUUGAACACCACAAAAGCAAUUGAAUUCUUGGACUUCAGGCCUUCUGAGAUAGCUGCAGCAGCGGCAGCGUCUGUUUCCAUUUCAGGAGAAGUAAAUUGCAUUGAUGAUGAAAAGACAAUGUCUAAUCUCACAUAUGUAAAACAGCAGGAGAGAGUGAAGGUAUGUUUGAAUCUGAUGAGAAACCUCACAGGGGAGGAUGGGACUGGUGCUACAUUGUCGCCACAGCAGCCGAGAUUAGCGGCAAGAGUGGUGCCAGUGAGUCCAAUUGGAGUGUUGGAAGCAACAUGUUUGAGCUAUAGGAGUGAUGAGAGAACAGUUGAGUCAUGUACAAAUUCCUCACAGAGCAGUCCAGACACAAACAACAACAAUAAUAGCAACAAGAGGAGGAGAAAACAAUGAGAGAGAGAAAUAAAGAGUCAUACCUUUGCUUUUUCAACACCAAUCCAUAAAAGGGUCAUGACAUUUGCGGUUCUUUAUAGUUUUGGUUUAUUCCCUUUUUUUUUUACUUCAAUUUCUUUACCUUUCUUUGGUUUCUCAUCUUCAAUCAGAGUUUUGUGAGAGAGAAAAAAAAUAAAAAAAAAUAAAGAGGGAUCUUUUUAAGGCGGCAAAAUUAAUAAGUCAUUGUUGAAGAUGAUGAGAUACAUUCCUAUUCAUGUUCUUGCUCCAAGGGACCUAUUUUGCUACAUAAGAACAAAUAUAUAAGAAAAUAAAUAUACUGAUAAAUCUAAUUUUUAUGAUUUUUUAAUUCA